AAAACAGAGAAAACUUUUGAGGAAAGACUGAUUUUGAAGGCAUUCCUACUGAAGUUUGUGAAUUCCUAUGCACCAAUUUUUUAUGUUGCCUUUUUUAAAGGAAGAUUUGUUGGCCGUCCUGGUCAUUAUGUAUAUGUGUUUGAUGGUUAUCGAAUGGAAGAGUGUGCUCCAGGAGGCUGUUUGAUGGAACUCUGUAUUCAGCUGAGCAUCAUUAUGCUUGGAAAACAACUGAUUCAAAACAAUCUGUUUGAAAUUGGAAUCCCGAAGCUAAAGAAGCUCUUCAGGAAACUGAAGGAUGAAAGAACUGAGCCAAAGGAAAUGGACACCAACCAAUCAAAGGACCCUCAGCAAUGGGAUCUUGACUACAUCUUGGAACCUUUUACUGGGCUGACUCCAGAAUACAUGGAAAUGAUUAUCCAGUUCGGCUUUGUCACACUCUUUGUUGCCUCCUUCCCUCUGGCACCUGUCUUUGCUCUUCUGAACAACGUCAUAGAAGUUCGGCUUGAUGCAAAAAAGUUUGUUACUGAACUGAGGAGGCCAGACACAGCAAGAGCAAAAGAUAUAGGAAUUUGGUAUAACAUUUUGAGUGGUAUUGGAAAGCUUUCAGUUAUCAUUAAUGCUUUUGUAAUUGCUGUCACAUCUGAUUUCAUUCCACGCCUUAUGUAUCAAUAUGCAUACAGUCAAAAUGGAACCAUGCAUGGCUUCAUCAAUCACACGCUCUCAUACUUCAAUGUCAGUCAUCUCAAGGCUGGAACACAGCCAGAAAACUCCCCGUUUGCACAGGAUGUUUUAUUCUGCAGGUUCAAAGACUACAGAGAACCACCUUGGUCCCAAAAUCAGUAUGAGUUUUCUAAACAGUACUGGGCAGUCUUAUCUGCUCGCUUGGCUUUUGUUAUUCUAUUUCAGAACUUGGUGAUGUUCCUCAGUGUUCUGGUUGACUGGAUGAUUCCUGACAUCCCCAAGGACAUCAGUGAACAGAUCAAAAAGGAGAAGAGCGUGCUUAUGGACUUCUUCCUGAAGGAAGAGCAUGAAAAACUGAAGCUGAUUGAAAGCUUUAUCACACGCGACAAGCAGAAACUCAAAAGUGGGACCAAAGGCAAAAGAAUCCGGGCUGCCAGCUUCUGUCAGUUUAACCAAAGUCAGAAAGGCAGCUUUGCCUCCUUUAGCUCACAGCACACAGAAGUGUGA